AAGCCUCCCUUUAACCCUUUUGGUUUCUUUUCUAUUUUUCCCUGAAAUCUUGAAAUCUUUGCCGUACCAAUCUCUCUCUGUCUCCCCUGAAGCUAAUAAUAAUCUCUGAUCUGAUCCCAGAAGUGUAAAUUAGAUAUUACUCCCGGCAAGACCGGAUGGCGCCCCGUCUCUUCGCGUGCUUCGGAAGGCGAUCCUCCCGUUCGUCAGCAUCGCCGCCGCCGAGGAAAAAGCCUUUAAACGAGAACGCAACGGCCGACGAGGCUUCAGAGGAGCUGAGGAGAGGGGGGCCCAUCUUGGUGGAGCUCUUCUCAUCUCAGGGCUGCGCUACCUCCCCCGAGGCGGAGCUGUUGAUGUCGAGGCUCGGGAGGGGUGACUUCGAGCUGGAAGUGCCCGUAAUUGUUCUGGCUUUCCAUGUGGAUUACUGGGACUUCAAGGGUUGGAAGGACCCUUACGGUUCCAAUCAAUCGACGGUGAGGCAGAAAGUUUAUGUGGAGGCUUUGAAUCUGGACACCAUGUUCACGCCGCAGGUGGUGGUUCAGGGUAGAGCCCAAUGCAUGGGGACUGAUCAAGAUGCUUUCCUCUCCCACAUCUCCUCUGCCCCUCGCUUCCCCUCUCCUUCAUUUCAGGCUACGUUCCAAAGGCCUUCGUCGGACACCUUGCAAGUCAGUCUUACAGGAGCUCUAAGAACAAAGGUGGACAGCCAAGGCGCCGAUGUAUUGGUGGCCCUAUACGAGAAUGGGCUGUUGACGGACUGCCCUGCAGGGGACAAUAGAGGCCGUGUUCUGUCUAACGACUUUGUUGUCCGCAAGGUCGAGAAGCUCUGUAAUGUCAAGGACAUUUCUGCUAAGAAAUCAGUGAAUGGCACUGUCAACUUCUCGCUGUGGGAUGGGUUUAACAGCAAUAAGUGCGGUAUUGUAGUCUUCGUUCAGAACAGAUCCUUCCAUACUUUUGGUUGUCAAAACAUCAGAUUGCCAGAACAACUUUAAAGCUAGACUGAAUCUUUUAUGUUCUGGCCUUGAUAUUUGAUCCUUGUGUACAGGAUAUGUCCUUGGGGUUUAGGGCGUGUGGUUCUUAUUUUUCCUUCUCUUCUGAUGUGAUUUUCUGGGGUUUGAUUUUUGGGUUAUUUGCGACUGAACAUUGUUCUGGAUUUA